GCGCACGAGAGGAUGUAAAAGACGAGUUGAGAGCGACAGGGAUAGCAUGAGAAGCGAGAAGUGGGAGAGCCGGUAGUCGGCCGCUAGAGAGAAGUGUCAGGAGAGAGGGACAGGACAGUCGUGAGUGCACGAAGAAGCACGAAGUGAUGAGUGGCGGUGGAACUUGAGGCGAACGCCGGUUCUCUCACUUGUUGAGUGUCGAGCGACGAACCGAGACCUAUCUACCUACCUACCUACCUACCUACUCGUUCGUUUGCACGGCGACCGGUAGGAGACCAACGGUCGCGUGUUUUCUCGUGUGCGCGCGCGGUAUAUGCCCACCGUUCCACUCGCGCGGUGCACGCGAGAACGUGAUAGGACGUGCGCGCGUGUUCGACAUUUUCGCGAUGAACGUGUAUGCGCGCGUCGCGCUAUCGAACGUUGUCGGUCGCGGCUUGUGAUUCGACGGUUCGAUCGAUCGAUCGAUCGCGUCGUCGAUAGGUGUGUGUGUAUAUAUAUAUAUAUAUAUAUAUACGUCGCUGGUCGGUCUUGAAGUGAAGUGAAUUUUUUUUUUUUCGCACGAGUUUUCGCCGCGCACCUGACAAUCGAGACACGCACACGCGCGUAUCAGGUUCACAAAGUUCGAUUUCGACGAGUCACGCUGUCGAUGGACUCUGAAUCCUCGUCGAUGUUAUUUGGCGAAAGAGAGAAACAAACGUCACGUGCACCAACCUACCCGGAGGAUUUCUUUGUUUCGAGCAACACAAGUAAGAGCAAAGUAAACAAAUGUGUCGAGCAUCGGUGUCUCGCUCGCGCUCAACGCCGAGUGAAGAGAGAAUUUCUAGAAAUAUACCACCCUUGAUAACUGGCCAAAUCGAACGAGCCACGGUCAGCUAGCGAAUCGUUAAGAGCUCGAGUUAAGCUCCGCGAUCGACGGAAGUUUUUAUGGAGAAAGGUGGAUCACGCUGGAUACAGAAGGGAUCGUGGUCGCGUCGUCGCGUGCCUUAUCAUCGUUAGUCACAGACACGCCAGGCAAAAGUUCCUGGAACAGCGGAGACGGCAUCUAUUUUCGAGUGCUCGAGUCAGAGUGUCUUCGCACCGACGGCUUGUCCACCAUCGUUAUUCCGGCGUAUUUGUUCUAGAUUAAAGUGCACGCGAUCGGCCGGCAUUAAAUCCAAAUGGGCACGGGCGAUCGAUCGUUACGGUGAAUUCUGGUGGAAUCGAUGGAAGGGACAGAAGAGUGGUCGUCGUCGUGUCCGCUUGAUGGAGAAACGCCGUCUUAUUUUGAUUGGCGAUCGGGCCGACCGGACAAGUCGUCGAUACGUCAGAAACGAGCCUCGCACCGACGAUCCUGGUUCCAUUCCGAUUGCUCCACGUUGCAUAAGCAUCGUUCGUGCAUCGAUUAUGUAAGGCUGGCGAAGAAAAUCGGACGUAGGACACGCGUGCGACGAUCUUUAUAAUUGAUCAUUCGUGUACGUGAUUUCGUUUCAACUCGCGUCCCCGACACGGCUGAAGUAAGUAGCGUGUAAAACUGAAAACAAGACAUUUGUUGUUGUUGUGUGUUGUUGGAAAUUAUCCGUUUCGUUUCGUCGACCUUGACGAAUGUUUACGCAGUGAGUUUCGUGAAGCCAGAGUGAUACGUUUCACGUUGAAAAGAGGCGAGGUUAGUAUUAUCGAGGUUGCGUGCCGCGUGUGUGUCGUUUCAAAUUUCCCGCCGCACGGUGCACGUGGAGGAGGAGAGGGCGACGAUGGCGAUGAAAAGCAAGAAGCAGUAUGCCGGGCCCAGCCUCGGAUCGAAAAGCCAUUAUCCUGCGAUCAGUCAGGCCUACUGGGCACCGCAGCCGCAAAAUACGCCUUAUUCCGUUCCAGAACGCAAGCUGUUCGUUGGCAUGCUGUCGAAGAAGUUCACCGAGAACGACGUUAGGAACAUGUUCAGCGUUUACGGAACCAUCGAGGAAUGCUCGGUGCUGAGGGACAGCACCGGAAAAAGUAAAGCCUGUGCCUUCGUUACCUUCGCUAGUAAACAAUACGCCAUCAACGCCAUUAAGGCUCUUCAUCACUCGCAAACGAUGGAGGGAUGCUCGUCGCCGCUGGUUGUGAAAUUCGCAGAUACGCAGAAGGAAAAGGACCAGAAAAGGAUGCAACAACUUCAGACGAAUCUUUGGAAUAUAGCAGGAGUCAACAUGGCGCCGCAUUACCUGACCAACGACACGCCUGCUUUGGCGCCCGCCUCGCUGCAAUUGUUGCAACAACUUCAGGCGACGACGAGCGCGGCGACUCCGGUCGCGGCAGGCACCGGUGCAAACGCGUUGUCCAGCGUGCAGCAUCAGUUGCUGCUGCAACAACAUCUUGGCCUCGGCGCGGCGACUCCUGCGCACGCGGCUGCCCCUGCUGUGCCAAGCCCGCCAGAGAUCAACCCCGCGAAUCUUCAAGGACUGGCGACCCUCGCGUCCCUCAGCAACACCGCCGGUGAGUAUGCGAAUGCAGGAGUAUCGCCGAUGAGUAUGCAAAACCUGGUCACCCUGGCGGCCAUGACAGGCGGAAACGGGAACCUUCAGGUGUCACCAAACACGUUAAGCGGACUGGCGAAUUCGACAGCAGGUAUGUCGCUAUCUGUCCUUCUUGGAAAAACCGGAAACACAGGGUCCACCGGAGGUAGCCUCAGUCCUGUGACGUCCCUAGCGCUCAAUUCACUCACGGGGACACCUCUAAAUGGAUUGCAGGACUCUUUGAGCAACGCCUACUCCAGCUUGCAGCAGUACGCAGCUCUCAUUGGAAAGACGACGGUGACCGUGGAAAAGAAAGAAUUACAUAGGUUCCCGGCGUUCACGGCGGCGGCGGCGGCGGCUGCGGCUGCGGCCCAGAAGGCGAAAUUCACCAACACCGACAAGCAGAUUGAAGGCCCGGAGGGCUGCAAUCUGUUUAUCUACCAUCUACCGCAGGAGUUUAGCGAUACUGACCUCGUCUCGACGUUUCUGCCGUUCGGCAACGUCAUCUCCGCCAAGGUCUUCAUCGACAAACAGACGCAGCUGAGCAAGUGCUUUGGUUUCGUAUCGUACGACAACGCGGCGAGCGCGCAGGCAGCGAUCCAGGCAAUGAACGGUUUCCAGAUCGGCAUGAAACGGCUGAAGGUCCAACUAAAACGAUCCAAGGACGCGUCGAAGCCCUACUAGCCGACGUCCCUCAUCGUUCGUAGCAGGUGGCCUGUGACGUUGUGACCGUGUUCUCGAUCGGAGUCGCCGUGCCAUGUCAGUCUCAGUCAGUCGAAUCGGUCAAUCGUUCGAUCGAUCGGCCAAUCGAUUAGUCAAUCAGUCGAUCAGUCACGACUCCUUGGUCAGCCUCUUGAUCAGUCAUUCUGUGUCUGUCUCGGUACCUGUACACACCUGUGCCCACCACCCAUUUGCUCCUCUCGCAAGAAACGGCUUUCCCCAAUCUGCUCCCCCCCGGACAUACACUACGACGUACACUAUACAUACAUAUGUAUAUUACCAUACACACACACACGAUGCUUCCUAUUACUUUUCUCUCCCCCUCCUUUUACACGACCGUGCUCGAAGAGAAGAGCCAGAGAACAGCAACACCUCCUCGAACGAAUCCAUCCACUUUGCGCGUGCACCGUUUUCCACCUACGGGGGUCGCCGUGCUUGGUCCGUAACGACGUUUAACCCGUAAGGGGGAUACAAGUGACAACAAGCGCCGUUGAUUGUCAAUUUGUGGGCGCGUCACAUUGUGGCUCGUGAUAUACUUAUUACGUAUGUUAGUGAAACCGAUUAAUAAGAGAGAGAAAGAGAGAGAGAGAGAGAGAGAAAGAAUGAGAAGAGUCGUCGUCUCCUUGAUGAUGAUCGUCCAGGCCAGCCUUUUAAAAAAAACUCCUGUGGAGCAACUCGGUGAGAAAUUAUCGCCGGAACGGCAAUGGAAACGGAAACGAGGAAUCGUCGUGGGAAUGAUAAAAACGCUCUCGAUCUCGCGUUUCGAAAAUAUUCGAGAGAGAAAUAGAGAGACUAGGGAAACGACUAUAUAUAUAUAUAUGUAUAUGUGUGUGUGUGUGUGUUUGUAUAUCUCAUCGUUCAGAGUUGGACUGAAACUCACCGUGUAUGUAGUAAAGAGUAGCGAAGCGGAAACACGCGGAGCAUCGCCGAUCGAGCACUUUUGUGUAUGUCUCUAUGUGUUCCUUGGACUGAGCUGUAAAACGCACCGCUACCUUCUCUCUUUGUUUCUCCGUAUUGUGUGUACAUAUAUAUAUAUAUUUAAUCCGAUUUCUCUCACGACAAUAUCACUUCGUAAUUAUUUGUCAUAAAUGUCAGCAGGAUCUCGUGAAUGUCGUAUCGAUCGGCUCCAAUUGUAUCUUGGAUCCUUUUGGAGCCGUUGCUGCAAUAAUUGGGACACCGGGCAAAACCGGAAGAUUUAUAAACGAACAAAGAUCGUCCCAGUGUACUUUCCACCACGGGGUUAUCGAGCCGAAGUCGUAAGCAUUUAACAGACGCGUUAGAUUGAAAUCGAAUCCGACAGUCACACGUCAUUUUACAAAAUUUUGCGGCAAAGUUAAGUAGAGAUUUGAAUUUCAAUGGAAAACUUAACCCGAAUUCGAGUGAACCAACUGACGGCGUAAUCGGAUCAAUUUAUGAUCUGUUAGAUUUGUUUAUUCCUGAAUCGUCUUCGAUCAUUCCGUUUUCAGAAAUCGGUCGUAUCUUUUGUCAAUAUGUUCCCGCAAUGGAAAAGCCGCUUCGCUGCUCUUUAUUCUGUAUGAUAUACACUGUGUGUCAUCGUCCGUGGCAUUGUACGUGGCAACGCAACUCUGACAUGUAACACACGAGCCACCUUAUCUCUCUGUUUCUCUGUAUGUGUGUGUAAUAUAUAUGUGUGUAUAUAUAUAUAUAUUACAUAACAUACCUGUGUGUGUAUAUCUGUGCAUGAUGUGUAUGUACAUGAAAAGUAUGCGUACGCGAGCCGUGCGAUCUAAAACUGAUAAGAGAAACCAUAGGGGUAUAAACGUAGUUACCACGAUCUUUCAAUCGCUUUCAAUUUACCAGCGAUUCAAGAUAAACGAGUGACGACGACGAGAAACAGGAAAUGGAUCAAUUUUAGAUCGCAACGAAUUCUUUUUUUUUUUUUUUUUUUGUGGACCUCUAGCGUAAGAAAUAUUUCGCGAACAAUCACACUAAACUAGCCGUUUAAAAGAGUGGAAGGGAAAGAAAAGGAAACGAAGGUGAAAGGGACGAAAGUGUGUUCGUCCAGCGGGACAGAAUCAGCGGUACCUUUAUUGUAUGUAUAAUACUAGCGCGCCCAGCGACUUCUUUAUUCAUCGACUGAGAAUCGAUUUUUAUCGGCUCGCUAUCGAGAUCGCUGUCAGCGUCGCGAAGCGCCUGUUUAUAUGUAGAUAAAAAGAAGAAAGGAAAAAAAAAAAAACGCGCACUAUAGUGGCUAUAGUGCCAGCUCUAACUGAAUAAAUAAUAGAGGGGGGAAGAGGGACCUGCGUGUAGGAAAUGGGAAAACCAUUGAGGGGGGGGGGGGGAAGAAUAAUAGAACGAGAUGAAUGCCAGAGAGAUGUUCUAGAACGAGUGAACGAAAAAAAAAUAAAAAUAAAAAUAAAAAAUAAAAGAGGAUACGCGGACCGAGCGAAAUGGUCAGAAUGGUCCCGGCUUUACCGUUGUAAAUUAAAGAUAAAUAUAAUGGUGUAAAGAUUACCAAAAAAAGGAACCAAAAACAAAAAACAUAAAAAAACAAAAAAAAAAAUAAAAAUAAAAAGACAGAACUGGAACAAAGGAGACAAAACGAGUUUAGAGAAAAACGAAAAAAAAAAAAACGAUACAUAAGUAGCAUUUUUUAAUGACUUUGUGAUAACGUUGUAUCGUACAUAGGAUUGGAUUAGAAGUCGCUUUUUAAACGUGUGUAUGAUGAUAGUGAUAAGCGUUGACGACGAGAAAAGCUUAACGAUGAAGAGGGAUUCUCGAUGUGAAAGAAAAUCGUGAUCGUAAGCAGGGAAACAAAACGAAAUUUUGUUCAUCAGGUGAGAAACACUUCACUAGCGUGCACGCGAUCAUUCCUAUUUUCUUUUUCUUUUUUUCUUUCUCGGCUAUCCUCUUUGUACCGAGCAGGUACUUGCAGUUCAGAUUUUUUUAACCAUGAUUCUAUCAGCCGUGUUCGAUACCUGUAUUAACAGAUAGAAGGAGAGAGAAACAAAUUGUACGUGUGAAUAUAUUAAACGAUGAGAAGAGGAAAGAAGAAAAUUGGAAAACACUGAGGAAAAAAAAAAUCAUUUACGAUCGUCGGCGUGGCGAUCAUGUGACGGAUAGAUCACGUGAUUGUAGAAGAAUUAAUCUUGAGUCAGUAACCAUAUUUUGUUACAUUGAAUAACGACAAAUGUAAAAUGAUUUUACGA